AUGGUAUUAUUACAGAUGAAUCCCCAGCAUACCGUACCUAUGUUAAAAGAUGACGACUUUGUGGUGUGGGACAGCUAUGCGAUUUCUGUGUAUUUGUUGACAAAGUACACUGAUGAUGAUGCUCUUUAUCCGAUUGAACAUAAAAAGAGAGCCUUGAUUGAUCAAAGGCUUCAUUUCGAUUCUGGAGUACUGUUUGUUGCAUUGCGGGCUGCAGUCGAACCUGCCGCGUAUUGGGGCGAGAAUUCGAUAAGACCCGAUGCUCUUAUGAAGAUAAAGAUUGCAUAUGAAUUUACUGAUAAAUUUUUAACCGACAAGUGGCUGGUUGGUGACGAAAUAACAUUGGCUGACAUUUGCUGCGUCGCUACAAUCAGUUCUUUGAACGAACUCGUGCCCAUUGAUUCUGAUUUAUACCCAAAUAUAUUACAAUGGCUAGAACGAUGCAAAGAGGAGGAAUUUUAUAAAAAAGGCAACCAGCCAGGACUGGAGCAGUUUAGCGCAUUGCUUAAAUCCAAGCUGUUUUAA